AUGGCUAUGGCUUUCAAGAUGGCUAUGACGGGAAUGUGGGUGACGGAAGAAUGCAAGAAUUCAUUCAUGGAGAUGAAAUGGAAGAAGGUGCAUCGAUACAUCGUGUUCAAAUUCGAUGAGGGCUUAAAGCAGCUCACUGUCGACAAGGUUGGCGGCCCAGCAGAGGGCUACGACGACCUAGCGGCAGCCUUACCAAAAGAUGACUGCCGCUACGCUGUCUUCGACUUCGAUUUUGUCACUAUCGACAAUUGUCGGAAGAGCAAGAUCUUCUUCAUCGCAUGGGCGCCAAGUGCAUCGAGAAUUAGGGCAAAAAUGUUGUACGCGACAUCGAAAGAUGGAUUAAGAAGGGCAUUAGAGGGCAUCCACUAUGAAGUUCAAGCAACUGAUCCAACUGAGAUGGGAUUUGAUGUCAUCAAGGAUAGACUUAAAUAG